CCCCCCCGCCCCCGUCGGCCUUCAGAGGCGGCUGAAGGUGACUCUCCUCUCGGCUGGGAUGCAGAGGCGGCUGCUGGGGCUCCCAUCGGCCGGACACCAGCGUCUGUUUCCCCGGGGGACAAAACGCGCACUGCCGGGGGGAGGGGAGCGUCGGACCCGCCUGAGCUGAGCCGUUUCGUCUUUUUUUCUGGUUUUGAUCUAAUUUAUUUUUUUUUCUUGUGGGUUGGGGGUGGGGGUGCCUCUCACUGGGUGGGCUCCGGCGCAGGGAGGGGGGUGCAUGCAUGUGUUCUGCACCGUACGGGCGGAAAAAGCGCCCAAGAUCCGCAGGGAGCAUCUUCCCCAUCAGCAGAGGGACGCAGGCGGAGCCGGGGCGGCGGGAGAGCGCGGAGGCGGCGGUGGACGACAGCAGGAUGACUGUUCAGGAAUUCAACACUUUGGUGGCUUUGUACCGGGAGCAGGUCAUAUCUGUCGGGGAGAUCUCGGUGGACUGUCCGGCUCUGCGGGCUCAGAUGCACCAAACCCGGUCCAAAGGGUGCUCCAUGGCCCGGGCAGCGCACCAGGACCUGGCCGUCAUCUCUGGAUCAGGGCCGGAGGACGGAGAGAUCCAUCCUGAAAUCUGCCGUCUCUUCAUCCAGCUGCAGUGCUGCCUGGAGAUGUUCAUAACGGAGAUGCUCAAGUCCAUGUGCCUCCUGGGGGUGCUGCAGCUCCACAGAAAAACAGGAACAGACUCUGAGCCGAGAGUUGACUUCAGGAUGGACGAGAGCUCCGAUGUCCCCAUCCUGGAGGACCGAUCCUCGUCUCCCAUCGACUACCCUCAGGAGACCUGGCUGGUGGGCAUUGAUAUCGAGAACAUAGAACGAGAUAUGAAAGAGAUGCGAAACCUACUCAGCAAACUCAGGGAGACGAUGCCAUUGCCACUGAAAAAUCAAGAUGACAGCAGCUUGUUGAAUCUGACUCCCCACCCGCUGGUGCGGCAGAGGAAGAGACGCUUCCCCGGACUCUGCUGCAUGGUGUCGGGCUGAGAAUCUGACUGCGACGCUCACGCGACGAGGACCUUCACUCCAGCUUUCAUUAAGUGGAAUUUAUUUGUAAUUCAGAGAAGUUCUUCAUGUUUUUUUGUGUUUGUUUUUUGGAAACAUUGUCUGAGUUUCAUCUUUUCUGCCACUUCUGGCUGAAUAAGGCUCAACGUUGGAGCUUGGUUGUGUAUUUUAUUUAAAAACAGGUCUCAGAGACGUCAGAUUAAUUUAGUCUUUUUGGGUCUUACCAGUGCCACAGUACACGUAUUUCCUCCUUACGUAUUCAUGUUUUUAUCUAAACUAAAACUACGGUGUGUAAAUGUUCCGGCUAUGCACCAGCAUCCUCAGUGUUCGGCUGCCUCACUGUGCUUCUUCUCUCAUGCCGCCACGUUUAGAGCGUGUCGCCGUGUAAAAGUGUCUCUGCUAAUCUGUGUGACGUGACGAAGCAAGUCCUCCGCAUUACGCCGCAUAUCCGGCUCCUUUAUGUACAGACAGAAGAGAGGAAAAGAAGAAAAGCUGCUUCCAAACGUCCAUCAUCUCCGUUCCUGAAGCGUAUUUUCGUUGCUUUGGUGUCGUCAGUGCUAACUUUGCUUGUCCGACAGCAGAGCUCAAAGGAAACUCUGCUUUUUUUUUUUCCUGCUCACGCAGCUGAUCGGCUGCUCCCGGUUGUGCAGAAACUGAAAAAUGUGCAUGAAACUAGAACAGCACAGCCCUCUGUAAUAUGUCCCAUCAGAACCUGAGGUUUAAAAACCGUUGCAUCACUGUGUUCAGUGCUAAGGCUGCCUUGGAUGAGGAUUCACAGCCUUUUCAGUUUUUAACUCGUUACCCAAGUAUGAUGAUCCAUCUCUACGCGAUGGAA